AUGUCGAGUCCCCGCACACAACCAUCUAGUGAGCCCUUCAUCUCACCGCAACGUCACAGUAUUGUUGAUUCCGGCCCUACUGAAGUCGGGGAACUUCCACACCUCACAGGCGCGUUCAAUGUUGUUAUUUGCGGAGAAACUGGAUCUGGUAAAAGUUCCUUGGUCAAUUUGAUCGCUAAGACCAACAUGGCGGUGACAUCUUGCGAUGCUAUGGGAUGUACAACUACAACCAGUGAGUACGAGGUUUUGAUUCUGAACGGGACGUUGAAGGUGAAGUUUUUCGAUACAGUCGGUCUGGACGAGGGCCCCAAAGGCACGGUUCCAGAUAAGGACGCUCGAAAAAUUUUGGAGAAACUCCUUCGAACUUUGACGGAGCAAGGCGGUAUUCAUCUCGUGAUGUACUGUGUGCGGGGUGAGAGAGAGAUUCGGACACUCCGCCGGAAUUACGAGUUAAUCCGCUCCCAAGUCAAGGGGAAAGUUCCAAUCGUCCUUGUCGUCACAUGUUUGGAAUUCCGUCAACCAGAGAUGGAAGACUGGUGGAGGAUUAAUGAGCGGACCAUCUCAAAGCUCGGGAUGACCUUCGCUGGCCACGCAUGUAUCACCACGGCGACAAUGGCAGAUCCUAUGUUUGUGCAGCGCCGCACUCAGUCAUACGACGCUGUCUGCAAACUCAUCGAGCAGUGUCACCCAUCGAAUAAUCACACUGGACCGUCACUACUAUUUAGAAAGACUGCGAGCAACAAGCACCCAAAUGUUGCCAUCUUUGGGCAGGCAAUGGCAGGCAAAAGCUCAGUCGUCAAUCUCAUUGCGGGAAAGAAGGUAGCAGAGACAUCCAUUGACCUAAAUCGGUGCACGCUGAAGUGGAAAGAAUAUCCUGUCGAAUUCGAUGGCGGCUCUUACAAUAUAUUCGAUACUGUUGGACUCGAGGAAUCACACCUGGAAAUCCCACAGUACCUCGAUGCUGUCGAGAAUGCCUAUAAGCUCAUCCAGAAAUUGGAGAGACAAGGCGGCAUCGAUUUACUCAUGUUCUGCAUGCGCGCAGGCAGACUCACAGCUACGCUUCAAAGCAAUUACCGGCUCUUUCACGAAUUCCUUUGUGAAAAGAAGGUCCCCAUCGUUAUGGUGAUCACAUACCUCGAAAACGAAGUCGGGGAAAUGGAUAAGUGGUGGGAGAGAAACCAAGAUGCUUUCCAUCACCAGGAGUUCCAUGUGGAUGGUCAUGCGUGCAUCACCGCCAUUCAAGGCAAUUGUCCAGAACGGUAUGAGGAAUCGCGCACCACGAUCCGCAAAUUUGUCAAGGAGUUCACUGCUGACGGGCAGAGUCGAGCAUGGGAAGGAGGAGACAACCUGUUCGUGUCGUUGAUGCAAAAGCUGAGGGGGCUAGUUUGGGGCAAAUCGCGUUCGGAGAAGGAUGAUAUUGCCCCUCGCCUCAUUGAGAGGUGUGGUUUGACUCCGGACGUCGCAAAGCAGUUGGCCCAUAGGAUUAAGGACGUAAGAGCUACUUGA